AUGAAGCGCUCCCGAGCCGAAAAUGAAGAGCAACAGCCGGCGUCGGCCCGCUCCAUAUACGCCAUCGCGUCCGAGUCGAGCCUGGACGCCGCGCUCGAGCAAGCGCCGCAGCCGCUGCGUGCUGCCAUCGCUUGCCGCACGGGACUGUGGGGUGGCUUUGUGCACAUGACACUCUGCUCGUUUGACGAGCAUGUUGGCGUCGACGUGAUUGAGGCGGCGGAGGCCAUGCUGGCGAGCGGGCGGUCACGACUCGAAGACACACACGCAGCCGGUGACAGGUGCUUGCGACUACCCGUGGACCGGUGGGAGUGGGACGAUCCGGUUGACGGUCGGAGCGCGUACGCCGGUCGGCACAUCCUCGUCUGCCACCUCAGGGGCGGCUCCAACGUCCUGAGUGCAGUGAUGAAGACCUGCGGAGAGCACAGGCUGGUCGGCACACGCGUCAAGUCGCGGGAGCCGUCGUCAAAGGCGCUGCACGUGACGAUUCCGCUCGAGGCGAGGAGGCUGCCGUGCGACGGGGCGGCGAUCCGCGCCUUCCUCGCGCGGCUCGAGUGGGAGCUCGCCGUGGUCAGGCUGGACGGGCCAAAGGCGGCGGCCACGCCGCCAGCGUCGAGUGGCGCGUUCGUCAAUUAG